AGUACGCAUCAUCGCGUCUGAUUCGUGUUUAGUAUGCUGUUUAUACCGGUGUGCGCUCAAAUUUUUGCAGCAACCAAGCACUUUUUCUGGUCAUGCUUGCUCGACGUUUCUGCCGCGCGACUACUAAUAUACCCCAGGUCUGCCCUUCUGCUUCACUUGCCAGAUUCUCUUCAUCUUCCCGACCUUCAGCACCAGCUCUUACGUUAGCGCUCAGGCCUGCAACAAAGCGAAUUCCUCAGCUUUCGAACCGCAGCUGUUUCGCAACAAUGGCCACUAACGUGCCCUACGUCACCCUUAACGAUGGCAACAAGAUGCCCCAGGUCGGCUUUGGAUUGUGGAAGGUUGACAACGCUACCUGCGCGGAUACCGUAUACAAUGCCAUCAAGACUGGAUACAGGUUGUUCGAUGGAGCAUGCGACUACGGCAACGAGAAGGAAGCGGGAGAGGGUGUUGCACGCGCCAUCAAGGAAGGUCUUGUGAAGCGCGAGGAUCUAUUCAUUGUUUCCAAGCUCUGGCAGUCUUUCCACGACUACGAUCAGGUUGAGCCCAUCACAAGGAAGCAGCUUGCUGACUGGGGCAUUGACUACUUUGAUCUGUGGGUGAUUCACUUCCCUGUAGCCCUCAAGUACGUCGAUCCUGAAACUCGCUACCCUCCCGGUUGGUACAACGACGAUGCCAGCACCAAGAUUGUGCACAGCAACGCAAGACUGGAAGAUACAUGGAGGGCGAUGGAGGACGUCCAGAAGAAGGGCCUGGCAAAGAGUAUCGGUGUCUCAAACUACAACGGUGCUCUGCUGCUCGACAUGUUCACAUACGCAAAGGUCAAGCCCGCAACACUUCAGAUCGAGCACCACCCAUACUACGUCCAGCCCAACCUACUCAAGCUUGCUGAGCAGCACAACAUCGCCGUCACCGCGUACUCAUCCUUUGGACCUCAAUCUUUCAUUGAAUGCGAUAUGAAGGUUGCCGCAGACACACCUCUGCUGUUCGAUCACCAAGUAAUCACGAAGAUCGCGGAGGCACACGGCAAGACACCCGCACAGGUUCUUCUGCGUUGGUCAACACAGCGCGGCCUGUCCGUCAUCCCCAAAAGCAACUCGCAGCACCGCCUGCAGCAGAACUUGGACGUCACAAGCUUUGAUCUGAAGGCAGAUGAGAUCCAGUCGAUCUCUGAUUUGGACAAGAACCUGAAGUUCAACGUCCCGACAAACUACGGCAUCCCCUGCUAUGUCUUCGCAUAAGCGGAAGACGUCGGCGGAACGUUUGACAUACGGACCGAAGAGUAUUGCCGGGCCCGUGCCGGAUAAGAAAUCACAUAUUGUAGAGAUUUUCGAACGGCCUGACAACACUGGGUGCUUCGAUGUGGCCCUGUCGCAAGCAAGUCCUGUAGAGAUAAUGUGAGAGGAUUCAGUCAGACCCGUGUACCCACUGAAGACACCAUAGCACAAUCAACGAAGUCCACAAAUUUCCGACCUGCC